AUGUUACAAGAAACCCCAUCCUUCUAUUCAGGCUCACUAAAUGGCACCAGCUCUCCAUUAUCACCCGCUUUCAUCGAAUCUGAGGUACAAGUCUAUCUGAAUGACUUCCAAGACCAACCUUAUUGCGUGUUUGAUAAGGAUUGGCUUCUAGAAAAUGCGUGUUUGCUACCUUCAGAAGUUGUCUUUCCAUUAGUCGCUUUGACUCGCCGACUUUCUGUCAAUUCCCCCGGAAUCCCAGGAAGAAAAAUAUCGACUGGCAAAUACUGCGCUGAAAGAGCCUGGCGAAUACUAUCAACACAGUACAGAGAUGGCAAAACCGGUCUCUCAUUCUUGCAAGGUACAUUUCUAGUCGCCCAGCUAGACUUCGCGGGUGGGAAUGCUCACCGAGGAUGCAAUUCUGUUGCUCUUGGAUUGAGACUCAUUCAAUCUGCUGGACUGAAUCAGGGCAAAAAUUUACCACUACUCAGCAAAUCUGAAGGAGAGGCGACCCGGCGAAUCAUAUGGGCCUACUUCAUGCUUGAUCGCGCAUACAAUGCAUCACGAAAUUAUUCGCUGUGUCUUUCCGACAACCACUUUAUACUAUCGUAUCCCUCCUCAGGUGGCUUCUCCAGUCAUGGACCACUAUAUGAGAAAUCCAUCAAACAAGGACAGAAAGACGAUCAAAACAUCCUCGCAUGCCUUCUGAAGCUAUACUUACUGUGGGGCAAAGCAACAGAGUGGGUAUUCGAGCCCAUGGUCUCAAGCACCCUCCCCCCAUGGCAAACAGGAUCUGCCCUUUCAAUUCUCGAGUCAGAAUGGAUGGACUUUGAGACAGAGUUCGUCGACACACACCGAUACGUGAACGUUGAUUUUAGACGCCGGGCCCGCGAAGAUCCCAAAUCACGACCAUACUUAUCCACCUGGCUAUGUGUGCAAUUUUUGUUUCAUGGGAUUCAAUGCCUUCUUCAUCAUCCGUUUGUAACCAUGAUCAAACUGCGAGAGAUGAGCGGAAACAUUUCUGCCACAUUCUUACAAAAGUCAUUCGAGACCUCCUUACUUCAUUCACGAUGGAUCGCCAGAUUUAUCCGAGAAAUGUCCGAGGUCGACCUGCGACUCUGCGAUCCAUUUUUCGGAUACCUCGCUGCGAUUGCGGCUACAAUUCAAGUCGAGCAUACAGGAAAUAAAAACCCGCAGGUUGCUAUUUUAGUCAAUAAUGAGUAUCAUGUUCUCUUGGGUUUCAUAACCGAGCUUUCAACCCAAUGGGAAAAUAUGGGAGUCUUGGUGAAUCGAGUAAACAAAUUAGCUUCUAGACGCCAGAACCACGGAUCUCUGUUCUAUAAUCAAGAUAGGUAUUCAGGUGCUCUAUCUACUAUUCCAACACCGUCAAAUUUACCAAGAAUGUCAACGGAGGAUGAGGCCCUCAUGUGGGAUAUUCUCGACCUUACUUCUUCAUCUAGCCUUCCUGUGGCAGCAGGAGCAGCUGAUGUUGUAUCCGGAUAUGGAGAAGAACAGCAGUCAAAAACAAUAACUAAAAUUAACAUUCCAGCACCGCCUAUCCAGGCAGAACCCAAGCAAAUCGUCCGUGAUCCAAAAUCAAAUAAACCAAGUAUCGCAGAGACCAUCAUUGGUGGACUUCCGCAGCUGGUAGAAGAAACAUCAACUCCGCAGUGGCCGUUUGCAAGAAGUGGAAAUAUGGGGCCAAGUGCAGGUAUGCCUGAUAUCCCGGAUUGGGUGCUUUUCGGAGACUUCAUAACAGAUCAUCCUUAA